AUGUCGCGAUUCUGGCCCAAGACCGAGCAAGCAGAGGACCAACCGUACAGCCGUUCAAUCCUCUACACGCAUGUCCUCACACGCGGCCUCCAAGUCGGUUCCCUAGCAGGAACGGGAAUCGGCACAUCGAUGUUUCUUCUCCGAAACUAUAAGAUUAUUAAACAGAGCGCGAUACCAUCAUCCUUCGCAACCACUCUUCUGCAUUCUACGGGCGUCGGUGCGGCGAUUGGGACGGGUAUGCUAUCUGUGGGACUACCGAUGAUGAUGCGGGGCAAAGAGCCAGUUGAAUGGCAAGACAGGAGUUACAGACUUUUAUAUAACCAGGGACAAGUUGAAUGCGACGAUUGGACAUAUACGGGGAUGCUGGCCGGUGGUACUGCUGCUGCAUUGAAAGGGGGUCAUCUAGGAUGGAGGGGUGUAGCUGGGGGUGUGGGUGCUGGUAGUAUCGCUGGAAUGUUAGGAUUUAUGGGCUGGCGAUACGAUGUCAAAGGUGGGAAGUUUGAGGAAGAAAAGUUGUGAUUUUGAUACCCUGGGACGAGUUACACUGUAUAACAGGACCCGGAGGUUUCAUGCGUUGGCUGUCAUACCUUGGAUGCGGGAUUUUGUGUUGUUUAUAGGUUUGCGCUCACUUUAUAUAGUGUGCUGUCUAUAAUUCACGGUAGUGACGAUUGUCAACUUGCUAGUCAGCUUUAUCUUUGGAUAUCUGGAUUGCGCGGGUCUGAACGUCUUCAAGUGAUCGACUCUAGGGUAGUCCUUUACGCAUUUCUGUGAAGCAAUCUCGUACCUGCCUCCCAGUGGACAAGUUCAUUUUUUGACUAUUAGCGUAAGUUAAUUCGAAGUAUCAAAGUGUUUUAAAUAUCUAGACAACUGCCUUUACUGUCCUAUUAUUUGAGAUUGAUAAUUUUGACUAGUCUAAAAAAACAACAUAACAUAAUGGUUUUUAGUUAAGUUGGGCUACGAUAAAAGAAGUCUCCGUCACUUUUGUCCACUAGGAGCCUCUUAUAUUAUCUUGGCGGGACACACCCCAUUUUUGAAGCUUUUAUAUACCUUUACUGAACCCCAAAGUAGGAGCACUCGGUACCGAGAUCUUGGUCCUCCCGUCAUCCUGCAUCCUUCCUGCAUUGCGAUCCUGGGAAACCAUGGCACUUCAAUUAACAUUUCCCACCACACUGGUCGCUAUUCUUGGCUUCUUGGUCUCCAAAUCAACCGCCAGCCAUGGUUUCUACGUUGGGAAAAAUCUCACUGCGGACGGGAGUGUAAUGCUUGGUGGUACUGGAGAAGAAGUAUCAUCGCAUUGGCUGCAAAUCUUUCCUGCCAAAGACCAUCCUCCUAAUGCGACCAUCACCAUUGGUGUUACCAAGGAUGCUACUCUACCCGGAGAACUCAUGACUAUUCCUCAAGUCGCUCACACGUUCCGAUACAUCUCGAUGGAAUAUUCCGACUUCGAGGGAUUCCCGGCUCCAUUGACAAAUGGUGGUGUGAAUGAGAAGGGUGUUGCGAUCAGAGAUAUCUGGGCCAGUAACCGAGACGAAUUAUAUUACAUGACUCCCAACCCACAACAUGGAUUACAAUACAGCGAUCUUGCACGUAUUGCGCUUGAAAGAGCUAGCACUGCUAGAGAAGCUGUUGAGGUUAUGGGGGACUUAAUUGCAAAGUAUGGAUAUGCGACGUAUGGCGGAAAUUCUCAUCUCAUCGCCGAUGCAGAAGAGGGAUGGGUGAUUUGGCAAUUCGCAGGAGGAGCCAAAUUAUGGGCAGCCGAGCGUCUUGGACCGAACGAAGUGCGGGUUUCGUACCCUGGGUAUAUCGAGGAUUUUCCAACAAACUUCACCGGGAAUCCAGAUUACAUGGGCUCGCCAAAUCUCGUUAGUUUUGCGGUCGAGCAAGGCUGGUAUCAUCCCGAGAAUGAGAGCUUCAAUAUUUUCAAGGUAUAUGGUGUUCAAGGGCCGGAUGUCUCUGCUCGAGAUGGCGGAUUCAAAUACAUGUCCCAAGCACAACUCGAGGACGCUACGCUCGCUAUGGCUCCAGUCACGUAAGCGGACUUGAUUGAGCGUGUCCGUGAUCUUCGCAUUUCUGAUGAUCAGGCUGGUUAUGGACAGGUCGUCAGCCUCAAAGCCGGAAUGAAUCCAGAUAUGAUUCGCAUCUGGAUUGCACCCACUGGAUCUAUUACAGCACCAUAUGUCCCUUGGUGGCUAGGUGUGAAAGACGACGCGGUCCCACCCGAGUUUGCGGAACACCGGUAUCUGACGAAGGAUUCACCAAGCAGUUUCCUGAAUCCGGAUUUCCAGUUGCAAGAAGCGUCCUUAUUUGCUGGACGUCUAUUCAAGCGCAUAUUAUACUACACAUGUUCAACCCCGAUACCUUCCUCCCGGUUGUAACAACUAUGUUCAAGGGAUUUGAAAACCAAUCUCGUUCAGACCUUGGUUGGGUGGAGAAGAGCGCUCAAACCCUCAUCGACGCGGGACAGAGGGAAUCAGCUCGGGAUUUACUAACCUACUUCUCGCAGACUUGGGCUGGGAAGGCUUUAGAUGUUGGCAAAGCCAUUGUGGAAAUUCUCGACUCUUAUAUCAAGCUUACGAGUCAAUGGGUGGGUCCAAUUGGAACUGCGAUCAAUGAUGCUAAUGAGGGUGCUGAGACUGUGAACUGUCUCGUGGGUAUUGAUCCUGAUCAGCCGCCUAAUAAGCAGGGACUGGCGAGGAGGAUGAAGAAUCGGGUGAUGAGAUAG